GAUUGUUCGGUUCUCCACGCAAGAAUCCGGUGGUCACCAAGUGCCCAAGGUUGUGAUAGAUGGUCUGAGCCCAACCCUGCAGCAACGUCGAACUUUGUUCCAAACUAAAGCUCGAAAUCUGAACUGUUGUGCGAGUUUUGGCAGUCAAGGUCGAGUGACCUCGGGUUGCCUCUGGCAUGCGUUUCGCGCCAUCACUCUCGGCGUCUUACUCAUUGCCAUCGGGAUAACAAUGGCAAUACUUGGUUUUCUAGAUGACCAACGAAAUCUCCAACAAAAGACCCUCAACAAGUCAAUGAGCGUCUCAAGUGUUAUUGCUUCACCUGGUCCUCCAACGACCACAUUGGCUUCGCUUCCACCCAGUGGUGUUCCUAAUGCUACAACUGGCCCAGCCACAACUGGUCCAUCAAGCAGAAAACGACCAGGGUAACGCUCCAAAUUAAAUGAUCAACGUCCUUUGGCUUUCUCACCCGGCCUCACCCGUCAAGACCGUUUCAAGCUGAACAAUCUCAGUUUUGCCGGACCCGUUGUCAUGGGCGUUGGGGGUUUCCUCAUCGUUGCCGCCUGUGUGAUGACUUUUGAAGCUCGAGAUAAUGCUGCCAAAGUCGUACCUUCUACUAAUUCCGCUCAAAAUGAGGAGAAGGCCAAAACAAGGGCCUUGAAGUUUCGAUCAUCAUCGAGUCAAACAACCUUUCUCGAUCGAAACAUUGUGGAAACGCUCCACGUGGACCCUUCGUCUGGAUCCUCGGUGUCGCCCCGCGGGGGAAAUUGCAAGGUCUUGAGCGCUGUGGGGGCGUCCGCCCAAGUAGGCGUGGGAUCGGCAGCUGCGGCCACGGCCGGCUUGUUUGACCUCCAGAACACAUUCAGACCCUUGGCUGUGCCUUCCAACCUGAACAUAAGUGGUUCCACAUACAGUAACAAACGAGCUUCCUUCAAUGGCAAAUUGCCUGCCGCUUCGGAUUUUGAGCCUGGCCUGGCAUUGAUGGAUGAGAUUGGACGGAGAGCUCUGACCAACGCCUUCAUUCAAUUCACCCGUAAUACCUCCAAUCCAUCGGCCUAUCGAGAUUCGCUCAUCUAUAACAUCCAGCCCAGCCAAAACUAUCCCAAAGAGGACGACGGAUUCAGAGGAUCCGGUCACUUGGAAGUGGGACAAGCCAUUCCCAAGUGUCCAAGUGCUCCCGAUAUCGCACAUCACAAAUUGGACCAUAAUGUCACAAUGUCCGGCCACGUGGCCUCACAUCGCCAAAAGGAGUGUGUGGAUGGUCAAGUACAGGGGGAUUCAUCCUCGCAGCAACCCGAGUAUGAGCCUCUUCCCACGUUGAGAGGUCAAUACCGGGUGCUCACCCCGACCAUGUAUCGCUCCCGUAUGGCGGCCACACGCCAAGCCAUUUCCAUGGAUUGUGAAGGCUCGAACACGGCCAAGACCCGACGAGAAGGCCCGUCACUCCGGAUUCCAUCUCCAUUUCAAAACCCAAUUCGAAAAUUUGCUCAAGACAGCUUGGAUUUGGAACUGGGUGCUUCAGCCACGGGAGUCCAUAACCUGGCCAAUCGUGGGGCUGCCGUGGUCAAUUCAUCUUCCACUGAGGGUCACACUGCCAAGUCCAGCAACCAGAGUCAACGGGAGAGCCGAGAAAUUUAUGAAGAGCACUCCAAUUCAUCAAUGCUAUUAGACCUUCACCUCGAAGGCUCGGCUCCCGUCACCCUCUUGGUUCGGGAUGAAUCCAGAUCGACUCGUUCCACUUCGGGGAACAGAGAGGCGGGCUCCAACAAUCGAUCACCUCCCUCUCUUCAUGAGCAAAUGAGUUGUGAACGAUUGAAAUUGUCGUGUUCCCGUUCGAAUUCGAACUCAUCUUCUUCUUCGUCGUCGUCAUCCUCUUUGCCCAAGCAAGAAGAGACUUCCAUCUUUGGUGGGAGUGGAUCCGUGGAACAGGAAGAGGAUGAAGAGGCUGAAAGGGAAGCUGCACAUUUUGAUGAUCACAAUGAGAAGCGGAUUCGAGAUCGACGCAAAUCCUUCCGUCAAAGUAAGAUGAGACAAAAGAAACACGCUCGACAAACAAGACAGCGGAGAAAUUCCGAUCCGAGUUUCGAUAGCAGCUUCGAUGCAGGCAAAGAUGAUGCCAGCCGUUUGCCCGACCAUUGUCAGCGUCAUCAUCCCCAAAUAGCAUCUCCGUCUACACUGAGUGACGAUGACGAUGAAGAACUAUUGGUUGUGGACUCCUUGCAUCAGGCCACCGUCACCCUGAAGUCGCAAAGUUCCCAACUUAACGUGAAAUUUGAUGUUUCCAAAGGCCCGGAAAUACCAACAGCGACGGUUCUUCAACAAAAUUUGGAGGCGGUGGAAGGAAUUGGUCUCGAAGACGACAACAACAGCAUCAACAAUCGGAUGCAAACCAUUCUAGAGGAAGAUGCUGCUGUGACAAUUUCAUUGGUAGGUGCAUUGGGAGCGGUCGGCAAAAAGCACUUCCAAGGUCAAAAGGCCAGUAAAAGUUGCGACGACCCAGUUGUCACGCCACCCACACCCUUCGGGAGCUACAAGCGGCAAGAGAGGUGGAGCAAGUCUCUGGCAGAAGAAAUGGCAACACUGUCUUUCAUUGACACCUCCCCCAUUGAAGAGAGGGAGAACAAACCUCCACGGACCGUUUUGCCCUCAAAUAUGAGAGCCUCUUCCAGCGACCACUACCAUUAUUAUUACCAUCACCAUCGCUCGCCUCCUUCCACUCGUCAUGAUCAGCCGGAGCCAAGUGUCUCUCAAUCUUUUGCCUCUUUGGCAUCUGAGGAGGAAACCUCAUCACCCGACGAAGGUGGAACAUUGAAAAGAAACAACAAGGUCCAAACUGGCUUCAGAUCAGAUUAUCGUUCGGUAGAAGGUGCUGGUCCAAUGCGAGCUCAAUCAACGUCAACCUACUCCAAAUCAGAGCCGUUGCUCUAUGCAGCCAAGAUCUACGAUCCCGAGGAAGAGGAGCUUUUUCUUGACAUUGCCGAGGAUUCCAUAAGUCUUUCGCCAGAGGCCUUUCCUGUAACGUAUAGCGCCGAACUGCCUCCACCGCCCAAACCGUUUGAUGAUCAUAUGUUGCGAGGAACAAUCGACCCGAGAUCUGAAGAUCGAACACGAUCCAAUUUGGAACAAUGUCAACCGAUGAGUGUGCCACUUGUGGGAUCUUGCCCUAGAUCUCACCAAGAGAAACGGUCAGGGAUUUAGGCUCAUUCGAGCACCAUCGACACCCAGACGAGUGCGAGGGUACGUCCUAUUGAAUCCAAAGAUAAAUACUCGGUUCAGUUUUAAGUCCUGGCCUUCUCGCGUGCCUACGGAUUGAACUUCUUCCUUUCGUUUCAAAUUAUUCAAUGAUACGUACUUACACACGGCCAGCCGUUCUCGACAUGUUUCAAUCUUGGCCAAAUAAACUUUCGCCAACGUUCCAAACUUACAUUGGACCAUCUCUUUCUCACGAAUCUUCAGGAUGACAUUAAUCUAUUUUUCGGGUGAGUGCCUCGCUAGCCUGAUGACGAGAAACUAUUGUAGGUUAAGGAGGGAAUGUUUAU